AGUCAGAAUGAUGGCAGCACCGGUUGACAUUUCUAAUAUACCGGCGUUAUGACAGCAACGCAAUGUUCAGUUCAUUCAAUGUUAUUUGUGUCGUCCUGCGCAAUUUUGUAGCGUCUGUAUGAAAUUUGUACAGAAAAUCGAAUAUUUAUUCUGUAAUUCCAGAAGGAAAGGUGUGAUAUUCAAUUGCAAUUCAGUUCGGAGCACAUUCAUCGAGGCAAAUCAUCGAUUUCAGUGCGGAUUUGGUGUACUUUUGGAUUUCAAUUGAACAUUUUCUCAAAGCCCAUCGGAGCAGAAACUGAACCGACUGCGCAUUGAGCGUUCAGGUGAACGUUGAUUUGACUAGAAAAUCGAAUGAUAUCGACAAAAUUAUGGCAAGGCGCCUAGUUUCCGUAUACAGAGGCAGAAGUGGUGGUGCAACUCAGAGUGGUUGUCCCCGUGUAGCUAAUCGUGAAGUCACUUAUGAAUUUAUGACUGGUUUCAAGUAUAGUUCGAAUUUGUUGUAUGUAAAAGAAGAACAACAAUUUUAUAGACGGAAAUGGGCAAAACCCGAUUAUGUAAUAUACAUGUGCUAUGUGAAUACAUGCCGUUGUAAAGUCCACAUUCGUGACGGGAGAUGCUUCAUUUCCGGAACUGAAUUGCAUGAUCAUCCGAACCAAACUGAAAUGUAUGCCAAUUUCUGUGCGUUAAAUGAAAUGAAACGAAUAAUGAGAAACGUUGAUAGCCUUUUAAGCCCCAGACAAGUGUUCGAUAGUGUGAUGACAAGGCAUCCGAACAGCACUUAUGUCUAUAGUAGGAUUUUUGACCAUACUUUACGAAGUUCACGUAUUUAUGCUCUGCGCAAAAUACCACAAAAUGUACCAGAAGAAAAUGCUCCUGAUUCAGCUGCUGAUACAGACGAGGCCCCAUCGGUAAGCGACGCAGCCGAUUGCAUUAUAAUUGACGACAGUCAAUAUCAAUCGUGUUUGGAAGACGUUGCCAAAGGAACAUUGGAUGUCGAUUGUACCGAACCAAUUGAACCAACACCAAGCGACGUAUCUAUUGUGCUCCAUGCUACGAGCCGGGUGGACUUGGACAAAACCACUGGCAGUGCCAGAUCAAAGCCAAAUGAAACGUCGACACCAUAUGCAGAUCUAACGUCUGAUGUUUUCAAUGAAGCCAUCCAACCAACAGCCGAAAGCACAAUAAUUGCAUUUAAUUCGACCGAAGCAUCGACCACCUGUAGACACAUCGCGGAAGCAGCGAAUGUACUAUGGAACAUGCCGGUUUCGGAAGAUCCAAAAUUACCGUCAUCACAGAGCGAGAUCGAUGCAGAUUUGACAUUGGUACCGUCACAUUUGGCGGAUGUAAAUAAUAGCAACAACUGGACGUUACGUUCACCACCUCAACGAGCCAACAAGGAAAUCAUUCGUGAGAAUCCAGCAAAAUCAAUUUAUAGGCCAAAUCAGCUUACUACAUCCGAAGUUUUUGCUCAAAGUACAGAUACCAAGGUUAAUUCGACCCAAGCACGAAUCGCGCAGGUAGCGAUUGAGUUACGAGAUAUUCACAAUUCAAAGGAACCAAACAAACGGUCAACCCGAGUGGUGGUCAACGCAGAUUCGACGUUGGUACCGUCAUAUGUUCCAUGUAUGGCUGACAAGAAUAACAACAAUUGGACACUACAUUCAUCACCUCAACGAGCAAACAAGAAAAUCGAUCGCGAAAAUUCAUUGACAUCACAAAAUGAAUUCCAUGUGGUGUACAUUCGUGAAGCAGACGUUAAUCGACUAGUUAGAAGUGGACACAUCCGUUUUGUUCAAGGGAAACUCCAAUACGAUGAGCCGAUUCUAUACUAACUCAAAAUGAAGAAAAUUGUCAAAUUUCAAUAAAAUUGCAGUCCAGUAGGAUUCAAUGUUGAAAAUUUUACCGGAAAGAAUACCAUAUCUACUUUGUUUAUUCCAUUUGCGGACAUGCACCUCAAUAGUAUAGUAUUAACACGAUCUAGUGAUUUUUGUAUAAAUAAUUUGUGACAAUUUGAUUCGAUAUCAUAUGAACGUUUCAUUAUCGCCAUUGUUGAGAUUUACCUUUUUAUUGUUAUUGAUUCCAUUAACAAUUUCGAAAUUGUUUCUAUUUGUUCAUUAUAAAGUAUUAUAUGUCGCAUGUAAAUCCUUGAUUAAAAUUUGAAUCCACUAAUUCAACUAACGUAAUUGAUUUCUUAAUUUGUCCAUAAAAAUUACAAACUUUUCGAUGUAAACUAGUGCAUUUUCAAGCAAAAUCGCCACAUUAUUACAAGACAUCUUUUGAAUAGAUCUACAUUUUGAUCGAAUCUCUCCCUAGAACUUGACUUCCUUGCGUUCUGCAUCGGUUUGCCAGUAGUCAAACGUCAAAAUAUCUAGUAGUUCAGUAAAUGGUAAAUAAGUGAUAAGUUCUGAGUAUUUUUAUUCGAUUGAAAAGAGUUGUAAAAUGAUUUUUAGGAAUAAACAUUUUGGAAUGGAUAGAAAAACUGAAGCGAUCACCUGCUGCAAACUUUGAAUUGAAGUUCUUCAAUCGGACAAUCCAAUUCAUUAUCCUAUAAACUUUACAAUGUCAUCAUAUGAUCAAUUGAUUGUGCAAACUCCUUCCGAUGUAUAAUGAUUGCACAGUAAGCAUUGAAUUUCCUCUCCAAUCCAAAUUCUGUAUUGAAAUGUUUAAUAAUUGACUGAUGUAACCGCCAUAGCUCAUCAAAAAUCAUGAAAUUUAAUUGAGAAAAAAUGUUAUUUCAAUGCUUGUAUGAAAAAAUUUGUGAAUUUUAAUAUUGAAACAAAAUGUUAUGACUAAUACCUUUGUCCCAUCAAGAACAUAUAUUCCAUGAUAAAAUGUGAAACUUGCGAAACUCUUUUAAAAAAAAAAAAGAAUGUCGAAUGUUGGAGUUUAGACUACGUAAAAGAGCUUAGUACAUGUAUUUGGUGUAGCUGUAUGUAGCUGAAACUGGCUAAUUUUAUUGAAAUAAACUAUUUUGUAUGGAGAUAA